AUGGCCAAAGAAAUUGCUUUUGAUGUUACCGGAAACAAAAUCUCUAAUUCCAAUGGUGAUACUUUCAUUCUGCUAAUCGAUCAUGAAAUUGCAUCGAUCUCUCCUCUCACUUCAAUGCUUCAACAACUUUCCCACAAGGUGAUAAGUGUCAAUGUGGCAAGUGAGGCUGUAUCGAUGCUCAAAAAACAGAUGGAUAUCGUACUUGUCAUCGCCAACACUGAAAUGCCGCAUAUAGAUUCACAUUCCUUCUACACUUCUUUGCUGACCAGAGACAUUCCUUUAAUAUUGAUCAGUCCAGAGGGAAAGAAAGCUAAACCAUCAAACUCUUUGGAAAAAAGAGCGUGUUAUCUCCUAGAGAAGCCUAUUUCUGAAAAAGAUAUCAACAACAUGUUGCAGCAUGUCUUAUCUAAUAAGAGCCAAAAGUUAACAAAAAUCAGCAUACCUAAAAGUGGAGGGGGCAAUAAGGAGGAACGUAUAAAUCAGAUGAAAGCUUUCAGAGAAAACCUUAAGAGACAGUGUCCAUCAUCUUUUCUAGGAAAACCAUUGUUGAAAAAAUCAGCGUACCAAGAAAGAAGAAAUAUAGCAAAUGUUGAAAGGAAAAACAAAACUGUGUAUCCUGUUGAGUUUGAAAAUAAGAGAAAUGAAGGAAAUAAUAUAGAUAGUAACACAGGAAUACGCAACAAUUUCUGGACUUAUGAGCAUCAGAUGAAGUUCUUUUCUGCUGGCUCUAACUUGGGUGAAAAAGAUUCUCAUCCAAAAUCCUUAUUGGGGAUUAUUAAUGAUCGAACAUCGAAGAAUGAAUAUCCUUUCACAUUAUCCAACAUAGCAAAGAAUUUCUUUGCAGAUAAGAACCGGAUUAAGGAGAGGGAUACAAUGGCGCUAAAGUUUUAUCAAGGAACAAAAAUGGACUUAAGCCGUACCUCUUGGUUUGGUAAUAUACCAAACAGUUCAUCCAUGGAAGCAGAUCGUGUACCUGCGGCCACAAGUAACAUCCCACCUUGCAACAUUUCUCCCACUGAUACUGUUAGCCAUACCAAUCUGGUUUCAACUAGCUUAAACGAUAACAAUUUACUUGGCCAUUCUGGUUUGCCAUCAAGCGUUGGUGCAUCUAACUCAGGUAAUGCGACUCGUCUUGAAACCAACAUAGAAGAUAUAAGCCAAUUUCAACAAGAUGCAUGUUAUGAUAUUCCGAUUGAAGAUUUGAUUUCUUUUGACACUGACGUUCAUGAGAUGGACAUGCAGCAUGUGUUAGGAAAUAAUGGUUCUUCUGAGGUGAAUAUUUUGCCCAACACUCAUGUCGGCCAUGAGGAUUGA